CUGAGUAUAAAACAAAUGAAUCGUGAUAAAUUAAUAAUGAGCUGAACAUAUUUCAUCUAUUCUGUGCAUAUUUCAUGUAUUCUGUGUGUAAGAUCAAGGUUAAUGAAUACCUGUAUUUAGAAUUUAGACUACUCAAUGUCGAGAAAGCCGUUAUUAUCACUUAUCAUCAAGGAAUUAACAUUUUAAUAUUUACAUAAGAUAAUAUUAUCUAUCUAUGAUUAUUAACCGUAGAUCAUAAUAUACAUUAACAUAAUAUAUUAUAUGAUCUAAGUUAUUAACUAUGUGAGCUAAACAAGUCGUGGAUAGGUACUAGUAAAACUACUAACUAGUGUCUAUAAUAUAGUUGUUGUAAAUAAUAUUAUAAUAGUUUUUAUUGUCCUGUGCUGUAACUUAAUCAUCUGACUAUUUAUUAAAUGUAUAACCGUGUGCUACAGCAUAAUAACAAUUUAACAUUUGUCAUUUAGUUAGUAUAUAGAGUACUGUAAGGUGUGUAUUGACUCAGUUACUUAUUUCUAAAACUAGCCACCUGUGGAUAUUGUUCACACCAUGUUAGUUCUAGUCAUAACAAUAUUGUGCAGCUUGAUUUUUGGCCAUAUAAAAAGUGAAGAUCAGUGUAAUGGCUUGUACAGUAAUUAUUUUCAACAUUUGUCAACAAAAACUCCAUAUAGAUUUGUGGCAAACCAUAACACAGAACCAAUCAACUUUGAAGGUUGUAAGGCAUGGAAAAUUUGGCUUGUUCAAAGGCACGGUACAAGGACACCUGGUAAAGAAUUAGAUCAGUUUGUCAAAAACAGAUUACCUGAAAUUCAAAAAGACAUAGUAAACAAUUUGAUUGAGUGCAAGCUAUGCAAUGAAGAUGAAAUAAAAUCAUGGACUUCCCACAAAGAAUUAGAUAAUCAAAAGAGAUUAACCGAGGAAGGAGAGGAUGAACUUCUAUCAAUUGCGGAACGUAUGCAACUUAGAUUUCCUAAUUUAUUGAAUCAACCGUUUGAAAACACAAACUUUUUGUUUAGAUUUACUGAUACUCAAAGAACAAAAGUAAGUGCCAAACAAUUUGCAACAGGAUUGUUUGGGCGCAAUGAGGUUAAAAAAGUAGUAUUUGAAGAACCAUUAGCUAAAGACCCAUUAUUAAGAUUUUAUAAAGUUUGCCAAAAAUGGAGAAAGGAAGUUAAAAAAUCGUCUACAGCAUCAAUUGAAUACCAAAAAUUUAUAGAAAGUCAAUUAACUAACAACACUUUGAAGAGUUUAUCUUCGAGACUUGGACUUGAUUACACAUUGACAUUUAAUGAUGCCAAGAAUAUGUAUACAUACUGUGCUUUUGAAACAGCAUGGGAGAAAAAUAAAGUUUCACCGUGGUGUUCAAUUUUUAAUAAAUCUGAUUUAAUGCUUUUAGAAUAUAGUGAAGAUUUGAAGUACUAUUUGAUAGAUGGUUAUGCUUAUGAGUUAUCAUACAAACAAGCAUGUGUUUUAUUAAAAAAUGCAAUUGAAUAUUUUGACGAUCCACAUUUAACUAGCAAAAAUGGUAUUUUCUAUUUUACCCAUUCAGGAACAAUUUUGAAAAUGCUUGGAUUAUUAGGUCUGUAUAAAGAUGAACAUAAAUUAAAGCAUGACAAUUAUUUUGAAAUGGAGAAUCGGCAGUGGAGAACUUCAAAAAUUGAUGCAUUUGGUUCAAACAUUGCAUUUGUUUUAUACAAAUGUAAUAAUAAUGAAACUAAGAUAUUAACAUUACAUCAAGAAAAAAUUGUCCAUCUUGAUGGUUGUGAAGAUGGCCUUUGUUCUUACGACAGAUUUAAACAGCUAUUUGCAACAGAAAUCCAAAACUGUGAUUUUGAUAAAAUGUGUAAUAUUGACUAAAUUGUUUAAUAUUUAAGUUUACUUAUUUUAUUUAUUUUAUGUAAAUGCCAUUUUUUUUCUUUUUAGUUUUAAGUUAUUUUAAAUUAAUUAACUACAACAAAACAAUAUUACCAAUUAUUUUGUAAGGGUACUCAAUUUUUAAAAAAACAAAUUUACAAUUUUAUUUUUGUAUUUUUGUGUGAAUUAUUAUUAUAUUAUAUUAUAUUUUAAUUACAAUUAAAUUGUAUUGAAAAUAAAUCAUUUAAAUCAUA